AUGGAUUCCUUUAUGCUGCAAGACGCAGCCGCCUUGGACCGCGUCCGCGCAGCCCAAGAGUUCCUCGACCCUCGGCGCAGCUACAGGUCAGCCAUCAUCUUGAUGCUGCAGAAGAACCAGAGGAGACUCGUCGUCAAUCUCGACCAACUCCGAGCUCACAACCCUGAACUUGCCUCUGGAAUCCUCGAGGACCCCUUCGAUUACAGUCUAGCCUUCAACCAUGCUCUCAAGCAAAUCGUCAAGACUUUGCCACAGUCGGGCGACGCCGAAAAACUGAACGAUGUUUCAUAUUACUGCGCCUGGGCUGGUAGCUUUGGCAUGAAUGCCUGCAACCCUCGCACAUUGUCCUCCCAGCACCUGAACAGCAUGGUGUCCCUCGAAGGCAUUGUUACGAGAUGCUCUUUGAUUCGCCCCAAGGUGGUGAAGAGUGUACACUAUAAUGAGACCAAGGAUGUCUUCCACUUCCGCGAAUACCAGGACCAAACCAUGACCAAUGGAGUCACCACGUCUAGCGCUUAUCCACAGGAGGACGACGAAGGCAACCCCCUCACCACAGAGUACGGUUUCAGCACUUAUAGAGACCAUCAGACUGUUUCCAUCCAGGAGAUGCCCGAGCGUGCCCCUGCCGGUCAGCUGCCUCGUGGCGUGGAUGUAAUACUUGACGAUGACCUCGUGGACAAGGUCAAGCCUGGCGAUCGCAUCCAACUUGUCGGUAUUUACAGGACUCUUGGAAACAGAAACACAAACCACAACAGCGCCCUGUUCAAGACGGUAAUCAUUGCCAAUCACAUAAUUCUUCUAUCUUCGAAGUCUGGAGGAGGUGUUGCGACAGCCACCAUCACCGACACCGAUAUUCGAAACAUCAACAAAGUCGCCAAGAAGAAGAACCUUCUCGACUUACUAUCCCAGUCACUCGCCCCUAGUAUCUAUGGUCACGCUUAUAUCAAAAAGGCAAUCCUGUUGAUGCUCCUCGGUGGAAUGGAGAAGAAUCUGGAGAACGGCACCCAUUUAAGAGGUGACAUCAAUAUCCUCAUGGUGGGAGACCCCUCCACGGCGAAAUCUCAGCUUCUCCGGUUCGUCCUCAAUACGGCACCGCUUGCCAUUGCUACCACUGGUCGCGGCUCGUCUGGUGUUGGUCUAACGGCUGCUGUGACUUCCGAUAAGGAGACUGGAGAGAGAAGACUGGAGGCCGGAGCUAUGGUCAUGGCUGACCGUGGUGUGGUUUGUAUUGAUGAGUUUGACAAGAUGUCUGACAUCGACCGAGUUGCCAUUCACGAAGUCAUGGAACAGCAAACUGUCACCAUUGCCAAAGCCGGUAUACACACAUCACUAAACGCCAGAUGCAGCGUUGUUGCCGCCGCCAACCCUAUCUUCGGGCAGUACGACACCCACAAGGACCCGCACAAGAACAUUGCCCUGCCGGACUCUCUCUUGUCACGUUUCGAUCUUCUGUUUGUCGUCACCGAUGAUAUCGAGGACACGAGAGAUCGACAGGUCUCGGAGCACGUUCUACGGAUGCACCGCUACCGCCAACCGGGAACCGAAGAAGGCGCACCGGUGCGUGAGAAUGCUGGCCAGGCCCUCGGCGUCGCCCUCAAUAAUCAAACUGAUACUCAUCGACCCACUGAUGUUUACGAGAAGUUUGACGCGAUGCUCCACGCCGGUGUCACAUUGACGUCUGGCCGUGGAGCAAACAAGAAGCCUGAGGUGCUCAGUAUUCCUUUUAUGAAGAAAUACAUCCAAUACGCCAAGACAAGAAUACGUCCAGUUCUAACCCAGGCGGCAUCAGACCGUAUCGCCGAUAUAUACGUUGGUCUACGAAACGAUGAAAUGGAGGGCAACCAACGUCGAACUAGUCCUCUGACUGUUCGUACCUUGGAGACUUUGAUUCGUCUAGCUACCGCUCACGCCAAGUCCCGACUUUCCAACAGAGUCGAGGAGCGGGAUGCACUUGCGGCGGAGGGAAUCCUUCGUUUUGCCCUGUUCAAAGAAGUGGUUGAGGACGAGUCGAGAAAGAAGCGGAGAAAGACACAGACCACCGAGUUUGCUUCAUCCAGCGAGGAAAGCUCCUCUGACGAGGAUGGGGACGACAGGAACUUCAGAAGCUCAGCUGCCCGGACACCAGCCGCGCGUUCCACGCGAUCUACAAGAGGUGUUGCGCGUCCUCGGACCACCGCUGGUGACCCGCACGAUACUGGCGCCAACGGAGAUGCUCAUGAGAGUGAUGAAGAAUCAUCGGCACGACCUGACGCAGAGGAAAACGAUGAAGAAGGCAUAUAUAAUGCCACUCCCCGUAGGUCUCGUCGUCGCGGCGGGGACGCUGCUUCCUCGAGUGCGGCGCCGCAUACGCAGACAUCUUUUGCUUCAUCAGUACCCGCGUCUCAUUUGCCUUCGCAGUCGCAAGAGGAUGCGGAGGACGACGACGAACUGGCUUCAGAGGCAGCCGGUCUUGCUAUUGCAGACGAGCCUAUCACUCCUCAGCGACUGACGGCUUUCCGAAGCGCUCUCGGUCAACUACUCAACUCAGCUUUGUUCGACGACGAUUCUGCCAAUGUCGAUGCCGUUCUUGAAGCAGUCAACAAUAAGCUGCAGUCUCGCAGUGGUGCUGCUUUCAGCAAGCAAGAGGCUGUCAAAGCUCUUAAGAAGAUGGACGAAGCUAAUCAGAUCAUGUACACCGAUGGUGAGCUUGUAUACAAGAUCUAG